AUGGCUUUUGCCGAAUUCCUGCAGCAGAUUGGAGGCAUGGGCCGCUUCCAGCUGAUCCACACACUGCUCCUCACCAUUCCCAUCAUCCUAAUGGCCAGCCAUAAUCUCCUCCAAAACUUCACCGCUGCCAUUCCGGGGCACCGCUGCCGGAUCCACGCAGCCGCCAACGGCAGCGAGUUCCCGAACGCCACUCAUCUGCUAGGACCCGGCGACCUUCUCAGGGUUGGCAUCCCCACGGACAGAAAACAGCAGGCUGAGAAGUGUCUGCGCUUUGUGCAUGCCCAGUGGCACCUCCUCGACCCCAAUGCCACCGAGGCGAACCAGACCGCGGCGGAGACGGAGCCAUGUGUCGAUGGAUGGGUGUACGACAGGACCAUGUAUGCUUCCAGCAUCGUAAUGGAGUGGGAUCUGGUGUGUGAUCAACGGAAGCUGCGGGAUAUGGCCCAGUCGAUCUACAUGGCUGGUGUGCUGGUCGGAGCCCUGGUUCUCGGAAGGCUGGCAGAUCACUUUGGCCGAAAGGCCCUCACCAUUUCGUCCUUCCUGCAAAUGGCGGUGAUGGGGACGUGCGCGGCCUUUUCGCCCAACUUCGUCUCCUACUGCAUCUUCCGGUUCCUGAGCGGCAUGGGGCACUCCGGAUUCGGCCUCGGCAUCACCUGUUUGAUCGUGGAGUGGAUUCCCACCGAGUACCGCACGAUCACCAUCGCCUUCACCGGCUUUACGUACACGCUGGGACAGAUCCUUCUGGCCGGCUUGGCUUACGCGAUCCGUGACUGGCGUUGGCUACAGUUUACUGUGUCGGUGCCCUUCUUCUUCUUUCUACUUUACUCCUGGUGGUUUGCGGAAUCAGCUCGUUGGCUGAUCCUGUCGGGAAAAUCCAACAAGGCCGUCGGGGUACUCCGGAGAGUCGCCCGCAUCAAUGGGAAAGAGGACGCCGGGGCCAGGAUCACCACCGAGGUUCUGCUUUCCAACAUGGAGAAAGAGCUGGCCACAACCAAGUCUUCCUACACCGUCUGUGACCUGGUGCGCACGCCGACCAUCCGCCACAUUUUCUGCUGCGUCUCUGUGGUGUGGUUCUCCACCAGCUUCGCCUACUACGGACUGGCCAUGGACCUCCAGAAUUUCGGCGUCAGCAUCUACCUCAUCCAGGUGAUCUUCGGGGCAGUCGACAUCCCAGCCAAGCUGAUUGUGACGAUCACCAUGAGCUACAUCGGGCGGAGGGUCAGCCUGGCCUCCUUCCUCUUCACGGCCGGCAUCAUCAGCAUUGUCAACAUAUUUGUGUCCACAGAGCUGCAGACAGUUCGGACAGCCCUGGCCGUCAUCGGGAAAGGAUGCCUGGCGGCAGCCUUCAACUGCGUCUUCCUCUUCACGACAGAACUCUACCCAACGCCCCUCAGGCAGACUGGGCUCGGUUUCGGCAGCACCAUGGCCCGAGUGGGAGGCAUCGUCGCUCCUCUGGCCAAGAUGAUGGAGGACUACUCCUCCUUUCUGCCGCCAAUCGUGUAUGGGGCAGCUCCUAUUCUUUCUGGUAUCGCUGCCUGCUUCCUGCCAGAGACGCUUAAUAUCCCACUACCGGAUACUAUUGAUGACGUGGAGAACAGGACAAAGAAGGGCAAAGAAGAAGCAGCCCAGGAAAAAAUUCUGCUCCAGAGCCAGGAUAAGGCCCUCUUUAGAGAGACUUGCUGA